AUUCAAAAGUUGAUCUCCGGUAAUUUUUAUAUUAGAGAAAUGCUGGACCAUUGUGGAACAAGUUAUGAAAUGGCGACAUUGUUUGGAAUGAUAUUUGGCGUGAUUUCGGGAAUAAUAAAAAUUAUACUUUUGAAUUUAUCUCGUGACAGCACAUCGUUUAUAUUAAAAAAUAUAAUUGAUGACUGGUGGAUUAUCAAAGAAAAGAAAUCAAAGUUUAUUAUGAAGAAAUAUGCAUCUCUAAACAGAAUGUUAUUUUACGGAUUGUUGACACCAUUUUUGAUGUACACGGUCAAACUGACUUUAGAAAAAAUUCCACAUACUGUUUUAAUAGACAACACAACUGUUCUAUUGCGAACUAUUCCUAUAAGCUCUGAAUGUUGGAAUUUUUCAGACACACCUACAAUUAUUUACAUUAUUCGCUUCGUUUGGCGUACUUUUGAGUUCAUGAUUUACAACAUUGUCAGCUGUGGAAUAGACCUCAAUGCACAUCUGCGGGCAAAUGGAAAUAAGUAA